AUGCGUCCCAUUGUUCUAUCGGGACACACACGUUCCCUGAACAAGAUCAAGUUCAACCGCGAAGGUGAUCUGCUGUUUUCUGUAUCGAAGGAUAAUCUUGUGAACGUGUGGUUCUCUCACAAUGGUGAGAGGCUCGGCACGUACAACGGACACAACGGUACCGUGUGGUCCGUGGAUGUUGACAGAGAAACACUGUUACUUGUUACAGGAUCUGCUGAUAACCAGGUGCGCCUGUGGAAUGUGAAGACAGGCGAGUGCUUGUUCGUGUGGGAGUUUCCCACUGCCGCUAAAUGUGUCGCAUUCAACAAGCGUGGCACUCAGAUCCUGGUCAUUACAGAGGAGCGUAUGGGACAUCGUGGUGCACUUCGCGUAUUUAAUAUCAACCGUGAUCCCGCAAGCUGGACGAAGCAGGAAACUGAGCCCAUGCGCAUGAUUACAUUCUCGGGCAGUAAAGCGUCGGUGGCUUGCUUUGACGUUUUUGAUCAUCACAUUAUCACGGGUCACGAGAGUGGCAAAGUUGCUCUAUACUCGCACGACGAAAAAGAAGGUGAGACGGGUAUCGAUGCCGAGCUCGAAAUCCAUCAUACAAUGGCACAUGCCGAAAUCGUGACAGACUUGCAACUUGGUUGGGAUGGCACAUACAUUAUCACAUCCAGCAAAGACAAGUCAUCUCACAUCAUUGAUGCUUCUACGCUGGACAUUAUAAAGACGUAUAUGACGGAUACGCCGCUGAACUCAGCUAUUUCUUUGCCAACACGCCCCUAUGUCAUCAUGGGUGGUGGUCAGGAAGCCAUGAGUGUGACCACAACAAGUGCUCGCCAGGGUAAGUUCGAGUCGCGAUUUUGGCACAAGAUCUUUGAAGAGGAGUGUGCACGCCUGCCUGGUCACUUUGGUCCCAUCAACACUCUGGCUGUUCACCCAGCUGGUACAGCGUACGCCAGUGGUGGUGAAGAUGGUUAUGUGCGUAUCAACUGGUUCGAUGAAUCAUUCUUUAAAAGCAAGCCGUAUGGACCUGACUUCGAGAUUGAAAACAAGGACCAGUAG